AUGGCCACCUCAGCUGUAGCGACGGAAGUCCAACAAGACCGCGGAGUAGGCUUGGCACUGAAAGAUGGACCUAUCCAGAACCAUGUUGCCACGUCGCUCAACUACUACAACGAUCCAGGAGACGGCUCCUCACCAGAGCCGGUCUACGUAAAGACAACUACAGUCACAAAUAAGAGAGCCACGGUUGCCGUUCCGGUCAUCGUGACGGACAUCACAGGCCAAGAGGAGGACUUCACCUUGGAUAGCCACGGAUUUCAGCUCGUCCGUCAUGAAGUCAAGGCUAGGUGCCAAAAAGAUGGAUACAAGGAUGAGGCUCAAAUAGAAGCUGAAUACUACCCGGAGAUGGAACAGCUCCUAAAAGACGUUACUGGUGCCUCGCGUGUGUUCAUCUUUGACCACAAGACUCGGCAUGGACCGACAAACUGGCAUAGUCUCGGGGCCGGGAACCAGGCCCUUCGCGGUCCCAUUCUUCGUGCGCACGUGGAUCAAUCCUAUGCUGGCGCCGAAUUGGAUUUAAAAUGGCAUCUGCCUGAUGAGGCAGAUGAGCUCCUCCAGCGCCGAUGGCAAAUCAUAAAUGCAUGGAGACCCAUCAAGACCAUAUACAAAGAUCCAUUCGCAGUGGCCGAUUCAAAUACCGUCGCAGAAGAAGACCUAGUCGCCGCAAGAAUCAUAUACGAAGACCACGAGCGGGAAACCUGGACCGUGAAGCCCUCGCCAGCACACAGAUGGUAUUUUAAAUAUGCACAGCAGCCAGACGAGGUUCUACUCAUCAAAUGCUAUGAUUCGCUGCAUGGAGUCGCCCGUCGAGCGGCACACUCGGCCUUCCAGAACCCGCAACAUGUCGACGGCGCGUGGAGAGAGAGCAUUGAGAUAAGGACAAUGGUCUUUUACGACGAUGGGAGGGUUUGA